CGAAUUGCGACGGGAAUGCCUUCAAAAAGUUCCCAACUUUGUUUAUUCCGGCGCAUUCGGGUACGCCCAGUGGCCACAAUCCCACAACCUCCACGAACCUCCUCAUCCUUCUCUUCUCCCUAAUUACUCCAGAAACAAAAGUCGCCGGUCUCAAAACUUCAACAACCAACCUCCACCACCUCCUUCCUACUCCGAACCGCAACUACAAUACUCGCGGCGCAAACCACCUAUCUCGACCGUUUGGCCCUCUCUCUAGCUUUUUACCCAGUCUACGAGACUGCCCCUCGACACAAUGCCACCCCGACCGUCCCUCCUCGUCCCCGCAAGCGCAACACGCCUCCUCCUCAUACCCCGAACGAGCGUCCGAUCACUCUCCUCCCUCACAACCAACAACGCCUUCAACGAACCACCACCCUCACAUUCGCGCCGGAAAACAUCGCUAUCACCUACGCCUCUAACCACCACCCGUCCUUAUUCCUCCUGGCUCCUCUCCGCCGUCUCCUCCGCCGCCUCCGCCCUCAACAACGCUUCAGGUUCCCCCGGGGGUGGUAACAGCUCGCCAGAAACCGUCCUCCGCGCGCGGCGCAUCCUGCCCUACCCGCCUGCGCACCUCUACAACUUGAUCGCGGACGUUUCUUCCUACAGCCAGUUCCUGCCGCAUUGUAGUAGGAGUGUGGUUACCGCUUGGGCUGAGCAACCUACUACACAACCUACACAACAACCUACAGCAAUAGCGGAAGGGGAGGGGGGACAACAAGGGGCAGCAGCAGGGGAAGAAGGGAAAGAGCAGCAGGCAAGAACAAAAACAAAAUGGCCAGCCCGCGGCGACCUAACAGUAGGCUGGGGCCCCUUCACCGAAUCCUACUCCUCACGAGUCUACUGCGUGCCAGACGACGGCCAAGGGAUCGGGAUCGUAGAAGCUGUUAGCGGUGACGCCAGCACCAAUAUCCCUUCUGCUGUUCUCCGCCAAUUCGGGUACAAACCACCUGCACCAAAUGGUGACACCGAAAAAAUGGAGGGGUUGUUUGAGAGUCUGGUGACGAGGUGGACGGUUAGGAACGUGCCGGCCCCUCCGGGAGGAGGGAUAGGGUUGAAGAAGAGCCAGGAGGGGGUAGGAGAUAAGUGGACAGAGGUGGCGCUGAGUGUGAGGUUCAAGUUUGCGAAUCCGGCGCUGGGGUUUGCGGUCGGACAGUUGGCGGGGCAGAAGGUGGAUGAGAUGGUUGCUGCUUUUGAGGAGAGGGCUAGGAGGACUUGGAGGCGGUGAUGGGGUGAUGGGUGCUGGGUGAUGGUCUGGUGAUAGGAUGACAAGCCUGGGUAGACGUCGAGGGGCUGGAUGGUAGUUGGUGGUUCACGGGCCGAUCUCAUAAUCUUGGCUGGAUAAGUCUCGUAAGAGAGGCUAGAUUAAGGUAAUUGCCUUGGUGAAGGUCCGACUGAGGAAGAAGGGUUGGAAGUACUAGACUAGACUAGAUGGGAUGGCGGGCAGUGUUGCUUCUUGAUAUCUCUGUAUUAUUACUCGGACUUAGAAGGGCAUAGACAGCGUGGCUUGGAAAAGCAAGAUAUAGACAUGCUUUUGUUAGAAAUAGACAAGAUACCCUAAUGUAUAACAACGCGAAGGAGG